AUGGAUACUGACGGUUUCCCUUUAGCAGCAAUAAGUGAGAGAAGUACUGAAAAUGAUACAAUGACAUCAAUUAAUUCAAUUAAACGUGAUCCACGAGCUCCACUUCGUCCAAUUGAUUCAAUUGGUGGUAUAGAAAAUGGAAGUGUUUCAAGUCGAAAAUUUGAUCAACCAGCAGUUUUAGAAACAAAUACUCGUUCAGGACAAUUAAAUGAACGAGUUUCAACAAAUACGGGUCGUUCAGGACAAUUAAAUGAACGAGUUUCAUCAAAUACGGAUCGUUCAAGAAAAUAUAAUCAAUUUGAAGUAACAAGUAUUCAAGAUGAAGAUGAUGAACGAGAUAAUAAAUAUAUAUCAGAACGACCAAGUCAAUUAACAGUUGGUGGUGAUAGUACAAUGGUUUCAUCGUAUACAACAGGUGGAGAAAAUGAUAUUAUCGAAAUUCAUCAAUUUAGUUUAGCUGAUAUUGAUGCUUAUCUAGAUAUUUAUUUUGAAACACUUCAUAGUCGUUUAAGACAUUAUAUUGGACAAGAUGAACAAAUACAACAAUUUCGAAUAGCAAUGAAAAAUCGAAUAAAUACAAAUCCAAAUGCACGUGAAUUUCAAAAUGUUCUUCUUGGAAAAAUGAAUGGUGAAGUUUUAGCUGCAAUAACAAUGGCAUUUCCUGAUGAAACACCAACUAUAUCACAAGCAUCACAAAUUCUACAACAAAAUUCAUGUUUAUCAUCAAUACGUCGAUGGUUUAUACAAAAAGCAAAUUAUAUUCCAACACAUAUGGAAGAAUGUUAUAUUGAAAUGAUUGGAGUUAAAAGUGGUUAUAGAAAUAAUGGUAUUGGUACAGCUAUGCUUGAAUGUGUAGAACAAUUUGCUCGACAAGCUGGUGCUAGUCGUUUAACAGUACAUACAAAUGGACCACAAUCACGACAUUAUUUUGAACGUUAUGGUUUUACUCUUGAUAAUUCAGAUAGUUCAGCUUUUUGGAAAUGGGUAAUUGAACGACAAAGUAUCGAUAAAUUAACCAGAAAUCUGGCAUCUGUUGAAGAUAAUGACUAUGCUGCAAAUAGUUAUAUUAAUGAGAGUAUGACUGAAAGUGUUGAGCGAUCGUAG